AAUGCGGGAUUUGUCCAGGCAUGUCAAAGUUUCCUCAAUGCUCUGGUUUUGUUUUUUUCUUAAUCCAAUGCCAUGCCUAACUUAUCAUAAUACAGACUACAUAAUUUAUCAAUCCUCAACUCUAUCUUUCCCGGCUCUCUCAACUUCAGUCCAUCUCUCCUUCUCUCAUAAGAAAAUCAUGUCCUUGCAAAUGAGUCCUUAUGCAACAAAACCAAGUCCGAUUACCCACAAAAAAUUGGCCAGGCAAAAGAUUGGAUGUCAUUUAGAACCUGCUUCAUGCAAAAUGGCUGUUCAAAGAGGAAGUAAAAGCAGUUUUUAUCAAGUGCUUUCGCUCGAUAAUUCAGAAAGCGUAGGGUUUGAUGAGAUAAAGAAGGCGUACAGGAGAAUGGCUCUUCAGUAUCCCCCUGAUGUUUGUCCUUCUGUGGCGAAAGAAGAAUCCACAAAACGAUUCGUUGAGCUUCAGCAGGCUUAUGAGACAUUGUCGGAUCCUGUUUCUCGUAAAAUGUAUGAUUAUGAGAUGGGUUUUGACGAUUCUUUAGGGCCCCUUUGUGGUGAAGAACGGAGGAGGAGAGAUUGUUUUCCGAAGAAAGUUUGGGAAGAGCUAUUUGGCAAUUGCAAUUGCUAGAAUUUGAAUCGAGUCUAUUUGGCAAAGAAGUACAAUUCGAAUAUGAGGAACAAUGUGGUCUUCUCACUUUUACUCUCAGAGUUCCAGAGGAAGAAUUGUACAUCUGGAAUUUAACUACUGAGCUAUGUAUGAGGAUUCAAACACAAACACAAGUAUAAAGAAUAUAGAAAGAUGCAGAAGAUAGCUAUUGGUUUCUCUACGGCAACUGCAAGCUUCCUCUUUCUUUCAUCAUGAAAUGAUAGUUGUUUGUGCAAUAACAACUGUAACCCAAUUAUCCAAGGAAAUGAUAUGAUCUUAAUGUUCGUUGCA